UACAUAUGAGGAAUAUUUAUUUUAAAUAGAAACUUAUUUCUUACUUUUGUCCAUCAGAGCUCAGUGAGUAGAGAAAACAAGAGCGUCGCCCUCUGGUGGUCUCAUUAAGCAUUACAUGAAGCUAUAAUGACUAAAUCAGCACCUUCCCAACACUUUUUAUUUGCUUCUCAGAGCUGCUAAAAAUAAAAGUAACAACAUCAAAAGUUUCUAUCACAUUCUUUAUAGAAAGUAAGAUUUUUUAGUUUGUUUGAAGUUCAUAAAGAAUAAAACUGGUCAGAUUUAGAUUAAAAAACAUCAUAAAGAAAAAAGUAUUUUACUUGUUUUUCGUGGCUUUUGAAGAGACCACCUAAAAUAAUAAAAACAUAACAGAUGUUAUGUGUGUUUAUUAGUCCCAUUCUGAACACACAGGUGUGUUUUAUUCUGCUCCAGCAGGUGGCGCUAGUGCACCUUUACGCUGGUCACCGACCACAAGAAGAAGCAGAAACAUGAAGCUGCUAGCAGAGCUAGCUUGUUGUUGUUCUGGUGAGUGAGGAGAAUAUUUGAGGCUCUGCAGUAAAAAUGUCUUCACUUCAGUCUCUGGGAGAGUUGAUCAGCUAAAGCGACUAACUGCUGCUGCAGAAAUCUUCUCACCAGGCUGUGGAAACUUUCUUCUCCUCCUCAACAACUUGGUGGAGUUCUUUCCAGAACCAGAGAAGAUAUUCUGCGGUCUUCGUGACAAUCGGAGCUCCAGAAUCAGGUUGUGGGUCAAAAAAGCUUUUUUCUAGACUUCCUGCCCUCUGGAUCUGCUGCUGUUCCUUUGGUCUCUCUGAGAAACGCGCUCGUUUUGCUGCUUUCAUCAGAUUGAAGAGGUUCCCUCUAUCAGACUCGCUCUUCUGAGUUGGUCAUGAUGCAGGAUCGCUGCUCGCUCUCUGAGCCAUCCUGCUCACACUCUCCGACGGAAAAGCCCCGAGUCUGAAUGUGACUCUGGAGGAAAAAGCGGUUAGCUCUACUCCGUGAACUCUGGUGACCAAAGGUCCUCUUUUCCAGACUGGAUCUGUCCUCAGCUGAUCAGAACCCAAGCGUUGGAUCUUUAAUCUCCUGCGUUGUUCUGAAGCAGCAUCUUAAUCAGCUCUCCUGCUUUGUUUCUAUUGCAGCUGUUAGCUAAACACGGCUAAAAAACCCUGCUACCACUUCAGGAUCAUCCAUCAGCUGGGACUGAUUCAUCGUGUGUUCUUCACCACCUGGACCUGGACAGCAUGGACACCGCUUUUCAACAGGUGGUGCUGGUUAAAGAAGAAGCUCAAGAAGAACAUAGUGCUGGUGUCAACCAGCAGGACUUAGAUUUUCUCCACAUAAAGGAGGAAGAGGAGAAACUCUGGCCCAGUAUGGAAGGGGCGCAUCUCCAUUUGAAGGAGGAGACUGAUGCUGCUAGGUUUCCAUUCACUGUUGCUUCUAUAAAGAGUGAGGAUGAUGAAGAGAAGCCUCUGUUCUCACAGCUUCAUCAGAAGCAAAUAGAAGACAGAGAUGUUUCAACCAGCAGCUCAGCUGACCAGACGACGGCAGAAACUGGUGGAGUAGAAACUAGCCGGAACCCAGAUCUGAACCCUCAUGAACUGACUCCUGAUUCUUCAGAGACUGACGUUGGAGAUGAUGAUGAUGAUGAUGAUGAUGAUGAUGAUGCAACUCUAGACUCUGAGAUGUCAGACUCUGGGUCUGAAACUGGAGACCGAGACAAUGACUGUAAUGAGAAUAGGUGUUCAGAGUCAGAUUUUAGGACUGUCAACAAAUCCUUUAGUCAUAGGACACUUUUAAACAGUCACAUGAGAGUCCACACAGGACAGAAGCCUUUUGCUUGUGAGCUCUGUGGAAAGAAAUGUAGCUUAAAGUCUGCUUUAAACACACACAUGAGAGUCCACACAGGAGAGAAGCCUUUUGCUUGUGAGCUCUGUGGAAAGAAAUUUAGCUUAAAGUCAGCUUUAAACAGACACAUGAGAGUCCACACAGGACAGAAGCCUUUUGCUUGUGAGCUCUGUGGAAUGAGAUUUAGCCAAAAGACUAAUUUAAACAGGCACAUGAGAGUCCACACAGGAGAUAAGCCCUUUGCUUGUGAGCUCUGUGGGAUUAGAUUUAGUGAAAAGGGACAUUUAAAAACACACAUGAGAGUCCACACAGGAGAGAAGCCCUUUGCUUGUGAGCACUGUGGGAAUAGAUUUAGUGAAAAGGGAAGUUUAAAGAAACACAUAAGAGUCCACACUGGAGAGAAGCCCUUUGCUUGUGAGCUCUGUGGCAGCAGAUUUAGUGUAAAGGGAAGUUUAAACAAACACAUGAGAGUCCACACUGGACAGAAGCCUUUUGCUUGUGAGCUCUGUGGGAGUAGAUUUAGCCGAAAGACACAUUUAAACACUCACAUGAGAGUCCACACAGGAGAGAAGCCCUUUGCUUGUGAGCUCUGUGGGAAUAGAUUUAGCACAAGGUCACAUUUAAACACACACAUAAGAGUCCACACACGAGAGAAGCCCUUUGAUUGUGAGCUCUGUGGGAUUAGAUUUAGUGAAAAGGGAAGUUUAAACAAACACAUGAGUGUCCACACAGGACAGAAGCCUUUCGCUUGUGAACUCUGUGGAAAAAGAUUUAGCCGAAAGACACAAUUAAACAAUCACAUGAGAGUCCACACAGGAGAGAAGCCCUUUGCUUGUGAGCUCUGUGGGAGUAGAUUAAGUGAAAAGGGACAUUUAAACAAACACAUGAGAGUCCACACAGGAGAGAAGCCCUUUGCUUGUGAGCUCUGUGGGAGAAGAUUUAGUGAAAAGGGACAUUUAAACACACACAUGAGAGUCCACACAAGAGAGAAGCCCUUUGCUUGUGAGCUCUGUGAAACGAAAUUUAGCCAAAAGACAAAUUUAAACAGACACAUGAGAGUCCACAAAUGACAGAAGCCUUUUGCGUGUGAGCUCUGUGGAUGAAGUUUUGGCCGAAAGAAAACUUUAAACAAUCAUCUAAGCGUCCACUAGGGCUGAACGAUCUAUUGAAGGGGUCUCCAACCUUUUUUGGCCCGUGAGCUACUUUUACACAAUGAAAGUACGGCAGAGUUACUGCCAUAUGAUUUAUUUACAUAGAUACUUUCCAUGUGUGAAUGUGCUUAUGUUAAAAAUGCUAUACUUACUAUAUUAACAUGCAUUGUACUCACAAGUUGAUUUCUCUGUAUUUCAGUACAUCAGCAUACCGUAAAUCCUCUAAUACAGGCCCGGGCCUGUAUUUGACUCAUGCUCAUCAAGCUCCAGGCCUUUAUUGGAAGGAGGGCCAGUAUUAGAGGCAGGCCUCUAUUUCUAUUUGAGCAAAAUGAACUAAUGGUUCGCUGGAGUUUUUGACAAUUAAAAUUGCGCCCACAUUUUCAAAGUUAAACACAUUUCUUUUAACAACGGUAGUUUCUGCUUCAGCCAUCUCCCCCCCUCCCCCUGCUUCAGCCCUCUCCCCCCUCCCCCUGCGCAGUGGCCGCAAACUCACUGAUGCGCCUGCAGCCUCUCGGAGUUCCUGCUGCUCUAAACAUUAAAAUAAUUAUUUCAUUUUCUGUUCCUCACUUCUGAUGACCUUCAGUGGUGUCUGUUUGUUGCAACCAACAGGUACAAAAACUAACUUGUUUUUAUUUGACUAUUUUUCUGUCCUGUCUGUUUAUUAUCUUCCUGCAUCUCCUCUCAAUCCUAAAGAAAAACUGCUACCUGGGUUCAUAUAUAUUCACCACAUGAGUUACCUUUGAACUGCAGUUCUAAAAGAUCUACCGAUCGCAAAAACAGCGGAGCGCUCGCUGUUUGGCGGCCGUAUCAGUGAUCAGUGCGUCGGAGGACAAGGUGAUGCGCGCAGCGCCCCGCUCCACAGCAUGCAGCGAAACGCAUCAGGUGCAAAUAAAAGACAGAAAACAUUAAAGGAAAUGAACUGACAUGAACGAUCGCGUGUUAAAUUAGUUUUUGAGGUGGCGACACCUGAUUGUUACUGUGGCCAUGCUCAGGAGGCAGAUCUACCGACCGCGAAAACAGCGGAGCGCUCCCUGCCUGGAGGCCGCAUCAGUGAUCAGUGCGUCGGAGGUCAAGGUGAAGCGCCCCGCUCCACAGCAGCGAUACACAUCAGGCGCAAAUAAAAGACAGAAAACAUUAAAGGAAAUGAACCGACAUGAACGAUCGCGUUUCAGUACCUACGGUCUGGCACAGCGCGUUGCCCCCCACCCCCCGAGCGCGGGAGCUUGUCAGCUGCUGACAGCAGGCUGCUGUCUUUUCCGAGGGCUGCAUCUUGCCGGUCAUUAUCACGUGACCGCGACUAGUCGACGACAGGCAUAAAAAGUCACUAUAGUGAAGUUGACUAGUUCAUACAACCCCUACUGCUGCUCCCCAGAGUGUUCUGCAGCAUAAUCAGCACGUUCUCUUUGAACUUGAUAGUGUAAUGACCUGGCUGGGGUUGUAAGCCAGGUGCAUUCUGGGUAUUGUGUUAUAUGUGUUUCCUAUCGUUCUGCUAGUUCCUAUGUGUUGAUUUGCGUGUUGUGUUAGUGUUAUGUAAGCCACAGGGAAGGUGAUGUGUGUUCUGUGGAGCGGGUUGAAUUAGCAUGGUUAACUGACACCGUAACUCUGUGUGGUAGGAGCGUGAUAGAGGAUCGUGUGUGUAGCGUUACAAAGCGUUGAAGAAAAAGCCUAAUAAAGGUCUGUGUGAACCUCUAUUGCCUCCUGCUGGUUGAUUUGGGGACUCUAACCCUGCCGCUGAGACGCUCAUACUUGCUUGUUACCACAUUCCACCCGGCCACAAUAAGAGACCGGCCAUUAUUCACCUCCACUGACUCCAACACCGGUCAAAAUUGGAGACCCGGCCUUUAAUUGAAUACCGGCCUGUAUUGGAGGAUUUACGGUAUAUAUUUUUUAAAAGUAUAAGUAAACUAGUGACAUUCUGAAAACCAAAUUAAACAAAACGUAUUUAGUUUGUUAAACUAAUCAGAUACUUUCAAAUAAUGAAUAACAAAUCUACUUCAUGUGAAUGAUUUGGUAAUUUUUUUAGAAGGUUAGUAACAUAACUUUUUAAGCAAACAGGAACAGCUAACCUGUAAAGCUGAUGGUAUUUUAUAUAAAAUACAAGCUAAAUGUGAUGAAAACACAAAAGUCUAAAUAGUUUGAAUUGAAGCAAAAAAUGUUAAAUCAGAAAUAAGACUUGUUCCUGCUCUCCUGAUGUACUGAAUAAUUUUAUGGGGGUUUUUUUGGUCAUGAAAGUUAAGUUUUGCUGCGUUUAUUGCUGACAAUAUGAAGGUUGGAGGUUCAUCCUUUUUUUCUGCAUCUUGUAGGUUUUUUUCUCCGCAGGUCUGAAGGCUGUGUGUUACACAGAGCAGAGAGACAGAGAGCAAGGGACCAGAACCAAAAGAAAUGAUGACAUCACACCAAUCUUAAAAUAUUUACAUUGGCUUUCAGUAACUUACAGGAUUGAUUUCAAAGACUUUUUACUUACUUUUAAAUCAUUAAAUGGCCAACGACCUCUGUAUCAGAAUCAGAAGUUUUUAUUGCCAUAUGUGUGCCAAGUCACAACAUUAGGAAAUUGCUGCGGUAUUUUGGUGCAGCGGGUAAGAUAGAAAAAAAAUUAAUUAAGAGAUAAACAAAUAUAAGAACUAAUAAAACACUCAUGAUAAAAAUUAUUAAUGUAAAAAGUGGCAAUAAUUAGAGAAGCAACUAUCUACUCCGUGUAGGUAUUAAUCUGAGUAUUUGUUGAAUGGUUCAAGCUUAGCAUCGGGUCACGUGACUGGGACCAAUCAACUUGAGUGGGCUGCCCUAGGAUUUCCAUUCAAAAGUCCAACUGUAGAGGGGAAGAAACUGUUUUUGUGGCGAGAGGUUUUGGUCCGAAUGGAUCUGAGCCUUCUGCCAGAUGGGAGCGAGUCGAAGAGACUGUCCAGGGUGAGACGAGUCAGCUAUUAUCCGACCUGCACGCCUCAAUGUCCUAGAGGUGUACAGAUCUUGAAUGGAGGGGAGUUUGCAGCCAAUGACCUUCUCUGCAGAGCGCACGACACGCUGCAGCCUCUUCUUGUCCCUGGUGGUAGCUCCAGCGUACCACACGGUGAUGGAGGAGGUGAGGAUGGACUCGAUGAUAGCGGUGUAGAAAUGCCUCAUUUACUGUGGUGAUAGGUUGAAUUUCUUCAGCUGCCUCAGGAAGUACAUCCUCUGCUGGGCCUUUUUUCUGAUGGUGGUGAUGGUGGGCUCCCAUUUGAGGUCCUGGGUGAUGGUGGUGCCCAGGAAGCAACAUAAGUCCACCAUCGUGAUGGGAGUGUCAGACAGGUUUAAGGGGGGGAUGGGGUGUGUGUGUUUCCUAAAGUCCACAACAACCUCCGCUGUCUUCUGGGUGUUUAGCACCAGGUUGUUGUGGCUGCACCAGGACACCAGCCGUUCAUCCUCCAUUCUGAAAGCGGACUCAUCCCCAUUAGAGAUGAGUCCGAUGAUGGUGGUGUCAUCAGCAAACUUAAUUAGUUUGACAGACUCAUGCUUGGAGGUGCAGCUGUUAGUGUACAGGGAGAAGAGCAGAGGGGAAAGAACACAGCCCUGUGGUGAGCCGGUGCUGAUGGUCCGUAGGUCCGAGACAUUCUUCCCCAGCCUGACUUGUUGUUUUCUGUCUGUCAGGAAGUCAGUGAUCCACCUGCAGAUGGGGUCAGGCACGUUCAUCUGGGACAUUUUGUCUUGGAGGAGGUCUGGCAGGAUUGUGUUGAAUGCAGAGCUGAAGUCCACGAACAAUAUCCUGGCAUAGGUACCUGGGGAGUCCAGAUGAUGCAGGAUGAAUUGUAGAGCCAUGUUGAUUGAGUCAUCUACAGACCUGUUUGCUCUGUAUGCAAACUGCAGGGGGUCCAGGAGGGGGACUGUGAGGGUCUUGAGGUGGGGGAGAACUAGGUGCUCAAAUGACUUCAUGACCACAGAUGUCAGAGCCACAGGUCUGUAGUCAUUUAGUCCAGUGAUUCUUGGUUUCUUGGGGACAGGGACUAUGGUGGAGAUCUUGAAGCAGGCAGGCACAUGAGAUUCCUCCAGUGAGGAGUUGAAGAUGCUCGUAAACACUGGGGCCAGCUCUUCAGCACAGUGCUUUAGAGUGGCAGGAGCCACGCCAUCAGGGCCCGGGGCUUUUCGUGUGUUAAGAGACCUGAACUGCUUCUUUACUUCUGCUUCAUGAAUGUGUAGAUUUGUGGUGGAGGUGUGUGAUGUGAACACCUCAUGAGUGGGGAGUGAGGGUGAGGGUGAUGAAGGUAAAUUCCACAGUGAUGGUGAUGGCUCUGUAGUGGGGAGUGGCUGACCAAUGUCUCUAUUGAUGGGGCUGGACGAGGAGUGAGGCCUGCCUAAUGGCUCAUCAAACCGACAAUAGAAAUUGUUUAGGUCGUUUGCCAAGAGCAGAUUAUCGGUGGAGGCAGGGGUUCUGGGUUUGUAGUUGGUGAUGUUCCUGAAACUUUCCACACAGAGGUUGGGUCGUUUUCAGAGAUUUGCUGCUGCAUUUUGUCAUGAUGCUGGUGUUUUGCUUUGACCAAUUCUUUGCUGAACCUGUAUUUAGUGUCUCUGUAGGAGUCCUUGUCCCCCCUUUUGAAUGCAUCUCUCUUUUCUAACCACAGCUGUUUGAGUUUAGGGGUAAACCAGGCUUUGUCAUUGUUAUAACUCACCCUGGUGUGUGAUGGUACGAUGCUGUCCUGACAGAAGUGGAUGUAGGAGGUGACGGUAUCUGUGAACUCAUCUAAACUGUCUGAGGUGGCCUUCAUUACCUCCCAGUCUGUGGUCUCAAAGCAUGCGCGAAGCUCAUCUGCGGCAUCUGUGUUCCACUGUCUUGUUGACUUCACAACAGGCUUGGAGAGUUUUAGCCUUUGUUUGUAAGCUGGGAUCAGAUGGAUGGUCACGUGGUCAGCGAGUCCAAGCGCAGCACGCGCUACUGCAUGAUAGGCCCCUGUUACUGUGCUGUAACAGUGGUCCAGGGUUUUCCCCUCUCUGGUUGGACAUUUGAUAUACUGUUUAUAUUUGGGAAUCUUCUGGCUCAGAUUAGCUUUGCUAAAGUCUCCAAGUACAAUGAUGAGGGAGUCCGGGUACGUCCGCUCCAUGCACAGUAUCUCUUCCGCGAGCGCACGCUGAGCCUCGUGCACGUCCGCGUCAGGUGGGAUGUAAACAGCGCCUAGAUUGAAUGAGGCGAACUCCCGCGGAUAGUAAAAUGGUUUACAGUUUGUGAAAAGAUAUUCCAGAGAUGGAGAACAAUGCUGCGCGAUCACUGUGACAUCUGUGCACCAACCAUUAUUGAUGUAAAAACACACACCUCCACCUGUGGUCUUGCCGGAGAGAGUCGCUUCCCGAUCUGCGCGGAUGAGGUGAAACCCCUCCAGCUGGAGCGCGCAGUCGGGGGUGUCCUCACUGAGCCAUGUUUCAAUGAAGCAUAGAACCCCAGGUGAGGAGAAGUCUGUUUAUGUUCCUCAUCAGGGUCAGCUCGUCCAUUUUGUUGCGGAGUGAGCACACAUUAGAGAGGAAGAUCCCAGGUAGAGCCGUGCGCAGUCCCCGUCUCCUCAGACGCACGAGCGCGCCCGCUCGUUUACCUCUCCUCCUGCUUCUCACUUUCCUGAUCAAAGCUGAUAUUGAAUCGGCCCCGGAUGCAACAAAAAACGUGGUUAAGUCCACCGGAAUCAUAGUGUUGUAACUUAUGAAUUCUUCUCUUGAGUAGGAGAACCCAGAUACGCAAUUUACACACAAAAACAGAACAAUCACAGCGCACCAAAGUACCAAGGCAGCCGUCUGCGGCGCCAUCUUGGAUCAAAUGUAUAUAGCAGAGAUGUUUGAAACGUAUCACCCUUCAAAAUCACUUAGGUCAGCAGGGCGCAUGAUCAAUCUGGAUACAGUCACACUCACCCUGUCACAAAAGGAAGGCUUCAGCUUGAUGGAGAGGAAACGUUUGUGAGGCAAAGAGCUUUUCCAGACAACAUGCUGAACAAAGUGACUCCAAGAAGAAGUGGAUGGAGGAGAACCAGAUGAACCAGCUAACCUGUAAAGCUGAUGAUAUUUUAUAUAAAAUACAAGCUAAAUGUGAUGAAAACACACAAGUCAAAAUAGUUUGAAUUGAAAUAAAAAAUGUUAAGUCAGAAAUAAGACUUGUUCCUGCUCUCCUGAUUUACUGAAUAAUUUUAAUGGGUUUUUUGGUCAUGAAAGUUAAGUUUUGCUGCGUUUACUGCUGACAAUAUGAAGGUUGGAGGUUUAUGCUUUUUUCUGCAUCUUGUAGGUUUUUUUCUCCACAGGUCUGAAAACUAAUUAAAAACUAAACUUUUUCAUGAUGCCUUCCAUUAACCUAUCCUUGCAUCUUUGUUCUACUAGGUCUGUAUCUGUAUUGUGUUAAAUUUAUUUUAUAUGUAUUUUAUAUGUAUACCUAUCAGUGUUGGGAGUAAUGCGAUACAAAAGUAAUUAAUUACUGUAAUACAUUGCUUUUUGCUGUAAUGUGGUAAUGUAAGGCAUUACAGGGAAAGAAAAUGGUAAUAUUUACUCGGUACAAUUGUCAGUAACGCGGUAAUUACAAUGCAUUUUUAACCCCAGAAUCAAGAUGUGUUCCUUAAAAAUUCGAAUUGCGGGAAACCCGAAGAAAGAUCCAGUAUCUGCAUAUAUUACGUCAUUUAUGGACUCAGCUUUGGGGGCAGAGAGGACGCAGCGGUAACAGCUCAGCUACUCAAGCUGCGUCCUGCACGCAGCCGCUGUAACAUUCACAAAAUCGCUCCACUAAAACAAAAGAAUUCACUUGCGAUCGUUCAUAUCAGCGCAUAUUCUCUGGUAUUUUGUGCUUUUCUGACGUGCUUUGCCUCAGCUGAGUUCAUAAUCUGUGCCCCGGUGAUUUCAACUCAUUACUGCUGGAGCGCCGCGCAUGUGAAGAUCCCUUUGGCUGAUCGUUAGAAAGUAGGAAGUCUAGGAACCUGUUUUUUCUGGAAGACGGAGAAAACAUGCAGCAUGCAGGUUAGAGAGAGAAAGGGCAGGAAAUUAUUCAAAUAAAAUCAAGAAAACAAAACAAAGUGCUUGAAAAGAAAAAAAGUAGGUAGAUUUAUCCCCAGUACACAUUUUUACCAGUGAAAAGCAAUAAUAUAUAAGCAUUUAAUAUUUAUACAUGUGAUAGAAUCAGAUCACCCCAGAAGUCAGUCCCACAUCCAGGGCCGUAUCAAGGCAUUUGGGGACCAAGGCAAAUAUAGGCUUGGAGCCCCCACCACCCCACUCGCUGCUCAGUUAAUCUAAGAUGGCAGCGUGUUGAGAGUAAAGAUUGUUGUUGCUUUUAUGUAAUAAACAGUCAUUUUAAAGCACUGUUAUUAUAUCUGACUGCUUUUAACAGCAAUCCUAGCUCAGACACCACGUCACUUUCCACAUAUAUAUCAUGAGCUCACUGAGCAUCAGAUUACUAGAUUCAUAUUGAAGUUGUAUUGGUGAAAGUAACUUAAAAUAAUGCAAAAGUAGUGUAAUGCCUUACAUUUUAAAAUCAGUGAUAUUGUAAUGUAAUGAAUUACUUUAAAAUGAGGGUAACAAGUAAUAAAUAAUGCAUUACGCUUUUGAAGUAACUUGCCCAACACUGAUACCUAUUCUGUGCUGUUUUAUCUUUGUUCUAUAUUUUAAAGUAAAUAAUUGUACUUUAUAUGCUUUUAUUUUUGUGUACUAUGUUCUGUGUCAAUAUUUGAUUUUAUUUUACACAACAUGAUGUGAUAUUUUAACUAUUUCAUUUCACUUGUGAUUGUUUUAACUAUGUAAAGCACAUUUGGCUACUGUUUUGUGUAUGAAAUGGACUAUAUAAUAAACUUGACUUGACUUGA